AUGCAAAAAGAUAUAUGGGAUUCAAGAAUUAGUAGCCCUAUAACUAGGAUAAAGCAUCCACAUAAACACAAUUUAUCUUAUUAUAGUAAAUGUAUGUUUGGUGGUGUAUUGUCAUGUGGUUUAACGCAUACAUUAAUUACCCCAUUAGACGUAACAAAAUGUAGAAUACAAAGUUAUCCAUCAGUAUAUAGGAAUUUGUUUCAAAGUGUAAAAAAAAUAGUAAGUGAAGAAAAGGUAAGAAGUUUAUCACUAGGUUGGUCCCCAACAUUUAUUGGAUAUUCAUUACAAGGAUUGUGUAAAUUUGGUUUUUAUGAAGUUUUUAAAGAUGUAUAUUCAAAUUAUCUAGGAGAAGAAAAUGCAUAUAAAUAUAAAGGAGUAACUUGGCUUCUUGCAUCAGCAUCAGCAGAGUUUGUGGCAGAUAUAUUUUUAUGUCCCUUUGAAAUGAUCAAAGUUAAAAUGCAAACAAGUAAAGUAAAUACAUUUCCCACUAAAUUAUUACCAUCAAUUAGUUUUAUGAUAAAAAAUAAAAAUGAAACAAAGUUUCCAUUUGGUAGUGUAACACCUUUGUGGUGUCGUCAAAUUCCAUAUACAAUGGCUAAAUUUUAUUUUUUUGAAAAAAUCGUUCAAUUAAUGUAUGACAAUGUAUUUACACAACCGAAAGACUCUUAUUCUAAGUCAACACAGCUAGGUAUAACUUUUGCUUCUGGUUAUUUAUCAGGUAUUAUAUGUGCUUUGGUUUCACAUCCAGCAGAUAAUAUGAUAUCGCAAUUGGGAAAGAUAGAAAAUAAAAGUAAAAGUUUAUCAACUAUAAUAAAAGAAGUUGGAAUGUUUAAUUUAUUUACAAAAGGAAUUUGUACAAGAGUUUUAAUGAUAGGAACAUUAACAGGUUUACAAUGGUGGAUAUACGAUACAUUUAAAUCAGUUAUGGGAUUAGGUACAACAGGAACAGGAUCAGCUAUUAAAAAAUAA